UAAGCCUUCUGUCACACCUGCCUUGUUUCACAUGUGUGAAAGGUGCCACAAAUUUCGUAAUAAAUGCAGUGAUUGAAUCGCUACAGAGUUAUGUGUAAUGUUUUUUUUUUUUCACAGUGACUUCCACUGAAAUUGGAAAGGUUAGGUUAAGGUGUCUGCUCAGCAUUUAAUAUGCCACAUCGCGUGGAUUUAACAGCACUGCAUUUUAAUGAGGAAGAGGUGGCUACAUCACCUAUAAUGACAAGGUCCUACAAUGAGUAUAUAAGAACCUGGAGGGGUCUGGGAGUGGAGUAGAGUGGACUCUGUGGCUUAUUGGCAACAUGAACGCUCUUCACCGAGUCCUGCUUGCUGCAGCUUUGAGUAUACUGGCAUAUGAUGUCACAUUUGGAAUCAUUAACGGUAAAAAAGCUGAUGAGAACGACCUGAAGUUCGUGGUAUCAGUGCAGAAUGCUAGUAAGCACAAAUGUGGUGGACUCCUCAUAGACCGCAAAUUCGUACUCACUGCUGCCCACUGUUUCGGAAGGGACAUGAGUGUGGUCAUUGGAACUCAUAACAUCGACAACACAUGUGGGCACAGAUAUAAAGUAAAACAUAGCCACAUGUGCCCAUUAUACAUGAAACCCAAGCAUGGAUGUGACCUCAUGAUUCUGGAGCUUGACGAGAAGGUUGACCGGAGGUAUUAUGAGAAAACCCAAAUUGCAUGGCAGUUCUUAGAAGUGCCAGAAAACAGCAGGUGCCGGGUUGCAGGAUGGGGAGAGACUGAAACAAACAAAAACCCGGUGAGCAACCUUAUGGUGACUGAUGUAUCCAUCGUAAAUUCUGCAACCUGUAAAAAAUCAUGGGGAAAAAUGGGCACUAAACUCCCGCCCGGUGUGAUAUGUGCUGGCGGCAGUGAGAAAAGUGGUGUAUGCGAGGGGGAUUCUGGUGGGCCUUUGCUGUGUGGUGAUGUGGUUGUGGGCAUUGUCUCUUUCAAUUUUGACAAAAAUUGUCAUUACCCAAAUGCACCCAAUGUCUACACUAAUAUUAGCUUUUACAGACACUGGAUUAGCGUGGUGGGCAAAUGUUCUUUUUUUAAAAAAUUUUAAAGAUUUUUUUACCCAGCUGUUGUUUGAUUUCAUGGAACAGUUGAUGAUACAUUUUGUGAAAAGUCAAUUUAACCCUUGUGUGGUGUUCAUAUUUUUUGUUACUCGUUUACUUUGUUACUUGUAUUUAAUUCAGCAAAAUUAAGCAAUUUUACAUUAAAAUGCUUUACACAUGCUUGCUUCAAUAUAAUUAUAUUGCAAGCAAUAUAAACAGCUUACAUGGCUAAUAUUUGGCCUUUAAAUUUCUUAUGUUACAUUUCAUACAGUGCUACACUUUUUAUUAUUAGUUUUUAAAAAAAAAUGUAAAAGAAAAUUAAUUAAACUCAAGAUAUAAGUAGAAAAUUUGUUUAGUUUCAAAUUUACAAAUGAAGCAAUGUUUAUUAGCCCUUGGCCAAACAUACUGUAUGUAAUAUAAAUGUGUAGGGGGGGGGGGGGCUGUACAGUGUGUGUUUAUCGAAAAUGUGUUUUGAUAUAUGUUUUUCACAAAAAAUGAGCCAGUGCCAAUGAGUUUGAGUUAGAAAA